AAACAAUGCUAGUGCAGCUAGUGGGAUUCUUUCUUUUUCUGCACACUACUACUGCAAUUGAAAAAAGUCGUGGAGCCCUUGGUUCCCGCGUUUUCACUUUUGUUCAUGGGGACGAGCAGGCCAAACUCAACUUCUCUGCAGCCGAAGAUUUCUGUCGGUUCUCAGUUGGAAAGGUGUCUGAAUCUGAAAGCACACUUAGUUCUACGGGCAAAAAGGAUCUGAUUCGUCUUUCUUCACGUCCAGUCAACCAAUCAGAGGGUGUUAGAAUAGUUAUUCGAACAAGCCUUGCAUCUUUGCACUCCUAUCCAGAAAAUCUUGCCCUUGUUAAUUGGAUAUCAAAACAAGAAAAUCAUUCAUUUUGGAUAGGUGGUCAAGUGAUCAAAACAAUGAAUGAGUUUCUAAGGUCUAUUUAUGUUCUUCACUGGAGUGAUGGCAGCAGAAGUGAUUUCAGUUUUCUUCGCUUGCCUAAUCAGGAAAUAUUUUCCAUGCGCAUGGGUGAACGCCGGUGUAUAUCUGUGGACUAUAUUUCUGGACAGUGGGGAGUUCACUUGUGUUCUGAAAAAAGAUACUUCGUUUGUUUGACUGUCCCAGUAAUUGAUCAAAAUGAUACUGUAACUCCAGAAAAGAAGAAAGAAGCACCACCUCGUCCCGGAUCAGAGAAACUAGAGAAACAGGAUUCAAUGACUGAAGAUGAACUAGGAGAUUUAUUGUAAUAUGACAGAGGAAGUUCUGAUAGUUAUAUGAGUAGGUUAAAAAGUAUUUCAAACAACUGUAUUAUUAUUUUCUCGUUUUAGUAAGUGUUCUUUAGGUCACUUGUGUUACUAAUCAAAAAUAUACAACUAUAGUGCUUUA